AUGUCGCUAUUCGCGCGUCUCCCGCGCGUCCUCCGCGCAAAACCUCGCCUUCUCUCCAACGGAGGUACAGCUACCGGCCCAGCUCCGCGACACCUCUCCACUCUCCCCAAUAUCCCAAUCUUCCAGGCACUAAAGGACCACGAUCCUGAAAGUCUCUCCGUAAUCCACAGUCUGAGCCAGCGGAGCUUUACGUACGGGAACCUGGUCGGCGACGUCUUGCGCGCGCGGGAGGAUCUGCGUCGGAAGGCGGGUGGGAUUGCUGGCGAGCGGGUUGCUUUUUUGGCGGAGAAUGGGUAUGAUUAUGUUGUGACGAUGCUAGCCAUCUUCGCCAGCGAGGCUAUCGCGCUUCCGCUGUCGCCGGCUUUCCCGACGGGUGAGCUGCAGUAUAUCAUGGAUAACUCGUCGGCGAAGGUUCUGCUGUCGACGGAGAAGUAUGCCGAGAAGGCAGAUCAGCUUAUUUUCUCCGGGUUGCAACGGCAGCCGGUGUUUGAUGUUCGGUCGAAGGUGAAGGAGGGCGCUGGGUAUGAGAAGAUUAAACUGGAGGAGGCGAAGGAGUCGUUGUCUGGGAUGAUGCUUUAUACAUCCGGCACGACCAAUCGACCAAAAGGCGUCCUCAUCCCCGAAUCCGCACUGGCAGCACAAGCCAGAUCCCUCCUGCAAGCAUGGAAAUAUACACCAAACGACCGACUCCUCCACCUCCUCCCACUGCACCACAUCCACGGUGUCGUCAACGCAAUCGUCACGCCGAUCUUCUCCGGCUCCUCGAUCGAAUUCAUGUACCCUUUCAACACAGAUGCUGUCUGGAACCGACUCGCGGCGCCAUUCCUUCCAAACAACGAGUGCAAAAAGUCAAAGAUCACCUUCCUAACCGCCGUGCCUACAGUUUACAACCGUCUCAUGGCCUCAUUCCCCUCCCUGUCCCCAGAAAUACAAAAAGCUGGACAAGAAGGUAUCUCCCCCGCAAACCUCCGACUGAAUAUCUCCGGCUCCGCAGCCCUCCCAACCCCGACGAAGAGUAAAUGGUCCACUCUAAGCAAAGGCAACGUCCUCCUCGAACGCUUCGGCAUGACUGAGGUCGGAAUGGCGAUUAGCUGUGGCCUCGAUACUGCAGACCGCGUCGACGGAAGCGUAGGCUGGCCUCUACCAGGCGUGGAAGCACGACUAGUCGACACGGAGACGAACGAGGUUAUCCCAGAAACAACCGAAAAAGACACCGCGGGCCGCAAUGUCGAAGGCGAGAUACAGUUGAGGGGUGAUACGAUCUUCCACUCAUACUGGGCGAACGAGAAAGCGACGUCUGAGAGUUUCGUUCCAGACGCAGAAGGUGGAAAACCCUGGUUCAAGACCGGGGACGUCGCGUCCCGUCGACUCGUUCAAGGCGCUGGCUCCGGAAAGAGCGGGGAGUGGGCGACGGGCCCUAUGUAUUUUAUUUCUGGACGGAAGAGUGUCGAUAUCAUCAAGACAGGUGGGGAGAAGAUUAGUGCAUUGGAGGUGGAGAGGGAGUUACUAUCUCUCCCGCAAAUCACCGAAGCAGCCGUCCUCGCCCUCCCUAGCGAAAAAUGGGGCCACAAGGUCGCGGCCGUGGUGGUGCUGCACCCUGAUGCCGCGAGCAGUGGACGCAAUGGGAAGACUUGGGGCGUGAUGGAUAUGCGGCGGGCGUUGAAGGAUCGGUUAGCGGGAUAUAAGAUUCCGUCUGAGAUGAGGGUUUUGGAGACUAUUCCGCGGAAUGCGAUGGGGAAGGUUAAUAAAAAGGCGCUGGUGAAGGAGGUUUUUGGGGUUUAG